CUUGGACAACUGGUGGUGAGGGACGUCUGGCUCAACUGCGCGUGAGCGGCCACUCGCUCGCACGUAUUGGUUAUGCAGUGUAGUUUUGUCAAUGUCAUCAUAACCGCAGAUUUAAAAGGCUGAAAUAAACACCCCAGACACUAAAUAUAACGGUGUCAAGACGUGAGGUGAUAUCUCCUAACCUCGGCUCUUCAGGAUGUGACGGGCGGAGCAAACUGUGAUGACAUUUCAUGACAAUCUGUAACCCGGGUUUACGAGGUUACAGGAGGAGUGCAGUGAGGUCUUCAAGAACGAAAGUGUAACUAUCAAUAUGAAACGAUGAUAUAAGAAGUGUGGUGUAAAAGAUUCUGUAUACAGUAUCUAUCGGCUUGAAAUUUAAGAUUGUGACUGGAAAGUGCUAAGGCAAGGGAGUAAUUCAGCACCAAAGCAAAUCCCAGAACUCCAGAAUUGGCAACGAAGCUAACUCCGGCAACCUUCGGAACGCGAGGAGCGUCCCUUUCUUCCUGAUCCAUGAGGAAGGAGGACUUGAAGUGACGCCAAGAAGGUCUCUCGUAUAAGCCUUGAAUUGAUAAAGGCCCCACCACGAGAUCUGGACCGCCUGCGGGCGUUGUCUCCUCUCUCCCAGCGUUGUCGAAGGUCCCCCACCAUGAAUCCACGCACACCAUUGAUGCUCACUCCCAGGGGAGGGAGCAGUAGUGUUGGUGGAAACAGCACUCCAAUCAGCCGAUUGCAGGCGACAACUCCACAGGCUUCAAAAGCGCAGGGCUCGAGAUCAAUCCGAGCCCCCUCCACCCCAGUCAAUUCAAACAAACAAGGUCGUCCUCUGAGAGUAGCAAAUACAAGGCCAGCCAGGCCAACCACAGCUGUCAUCGCAUCACCUCGGAAAGCCUCAGCUCCUAGCAAGCUAAUUAGUGUUCUAGGAGGGAGUCUUGACAACCUUCCCAGCACAGUUUCCGUGAGAAGAAAGACAUCAGCCCCUGCUAAGACCCUUUCUGGGACAUCCUCAUCCAAUAACUACGGCAAGAAAUCCUCUGUGACAAUAAGUGCAAGAACGAGAAAGACAUCCUCGUCUUCCUCAACUUCUUCAGGGAGUCCUACAGCACGGAUGUCCAAGGACCACGGUGGUUCCUCCGGCCACCACGGGACCAAGGGCUCCUCCUCUUCCUCAGCCAAGGAACACCUCUCGAACGCCAAGGAGCCGACGACCAAGGGGGGCAAGAAGGUCUCGUCCUCGUCGUCGUCGUCGUCCUCCUCCUGUGCCACCUCCCCUGACAUGCAGCCUCUGCCCACUGUCAAGGAGGAAAAGCGACCCCCGAGCUCGAAGCUGGGCAUUCCGGUCAAAAGGAUGGAGAACACCAAGAACAAGGAGAACGCCUCCGCCGCCGUCGCCGCCAGCGCCCCGGCAUCCACCAGGGUCCUCGCCCCGCCCCAGCCCACACAGCCUCCCGAUGCCCUCGUGAUGCCCAGCCACCCUCCUCCUCCCACGGGAGGCGCCCCUGCCACUGCCGUGGCUGCCACCAACACUUCCAGCGGCCUGGGGAGCUUUCCUGAGAAGGCGCAGCUGGAGAAGACCGUAUCCGACCUUGUGAAGAAUGCCGAGAGCAAGAAGCAAGAGAUCGCCGCCCUCAAGAUAGAAAUCAACAGACUCAAGGUUUGUGUUCGGAGGUGUGAGGCUCGUGGCUGUUUCAAGGAAGCUGCCCGAGAACGGGAACACCUUAGUGAUGAAGAGAAUAGCAAGGCUGCCCUCACCAGUGCCCCCGCUGGUGGGUUUUCUGACGGCCCAAGCAAAGCGUCUUCCUUCAGUGCCGAGGCCCCCAGCCACCUGAGGAGCACUGUACAAACCUUGUCAGCCGAGAACAAGCUCCUUCGGGAUCGCUUGCUGCAGCUGGGUGUUUCCCUGGAUUCGUCACCUCUCUCAGACCAAGAAAAGGAAUUGUUACUCAGUAAAGUCUCCACAAUAUCACAGAAUGGUGGUGAAGGACCCUCCUCAUGUGGGGACCGAGGAGAAUGGGACAACAAGUCAACCUCCAGUGUGUCAGAAAUGUCAGUGGCGUGUCUACAGGAUCGAAUCCAGCAGAUGGAGGAGACGCAUUAUUGCACGAAUGAGGAACUCCAGGCCACGCUGCAGGAACUGGAUGAUCUUCGGGAACAGUUGUCAGAAUGUCAAAUUGAGGUGCAGCAGUUGCAAGAGGAGAAGCAGGUAAUACUGGAGUCCUUGACACAGCAAACGGAGAAGUUGAAUGAAUCUCGCAGUCAUAAUGAUACCUUAAAGCAGAUGCUGAUCCAGCACUCUGAAAACAGUCAAGACUUAUCUCAGUGUGAGAAGACACAGAGACUUAUGGAGCUUCUGAAGAGUGCUCAAGAGGACAGAGAGCUACUGCAGAUAAAGCAGGAGGAACUAGAGCAGCAGAUUGCCACCACCAAGGAGGCUGAAGAACGUUUCCACCAUAAUUCACAACUCAUCAGAGACAGAAUGAAGGUGCUGGAAUCCAUGGUAGAGACAGCCAACAAUGAGAAAAAGGCAAUUGAGACGCAGUUAGCAGAGUCUCAAGAGGCUGUCAAGGCUACUGAAAUGGAGAAUACCAGACUACAGGCUGCCGUAGAUAGUGCCAAAGAAAAGAUAACAGAACUGGAGGCAGCAGUAAUCUCAGGGGAGAAGAGUGAGUUAGCAGACCUACUAGAAAGGGUGAGGCAAGAGAAGGACUUGCUGGAAAAGGAGAAUGCAGCUCUCCAGCAAAAGGCGAGUGCCAUGGCUUGUGAGAAUGAGAGACUCAAGGACCAGAUAUCCAGUCUUCAGGAUGAGCUCAUGGUUGCUCGUAAUAAUGCACGAACACAGCUUGAAGAUGCAGGCUGGCGGAAGGCACAGCUGGAGGAGGAGCGCCAUCACCUGGAGGAAGAGACAGAGGUGCUAAGAGCCACCAUGGAAGACCUCAAGCUGACAUGCCAGCACCACCUGGAGGAUAAGAGAGAUCUCAAAGCCAGCCUUUCAGAAUCACAGAAGAAACUCCAUGAAGCCUUAGAGAAACUGAAUGAGAAGGAGCGUUGCUUUAGUGAGGAAAGAGCACAGUUCAGCAAACAGGUGGAGGAAUGGGAGCAGUUUCAGAGUGACCUUUUGAUGACAGUGCGAGUAGCUAAUGACUUCAAGACAGAAGCACAGCAUGAUCUGGAACGCCUAACACAAGAAAACACUGUUUUGCGAGACAGGCUCAAACAACUUGGCCAAGACUUGGAAAAGGCAAAGGCAGCAGUUAAAGUGUGUAGCCCAGUGAGUAGCACAAGCAGCAGUAGUAUGAGCAGUAGUAGCAGCAGCGAGCGCAGAACUAUCCGGAACUUGCCUACACCCAUGCCUAAUGGAGAACCAUCCAUCCUGGCUGAUCGCCGCAACCCCAGACCUCUGGCACGAGGGGAUUCCCGUGUCAAGUCACUGAUAGAAUCCAUUGAGUGUGCAACUCGACAGACCCGUGCAGGAUCUCGAAGUUCUUCUACAUCUAGUUUGUGCAGCUCAAGUAGUGAAAGCAACAACAAUAAUAACAAUAACAACAAGACUUCAGGACCACUUCUCAAGAGAGCUGAUACAGAGGGUGUCAUCCGUGGUAGUUCCACUUCACCACUUAAAGAUGCUGGUAACACCCUUGGCACAUCAUCAUUGUCAACUCCCUUGAGAGCCAUUCAGCGCAACUCCUUCACAGAAGGAGUAACCCAGUCACCAUUCUUACAAAGCAACUUCACCAAGCCCUCCACUGGCUCAUCAAAUCUCUCGGAUAAUGUUAAAAUGUCACAGCUGACAGACAAAAAUAGUGGGAAAAUAUCAUCUAUGAAUCCUGGAGAAAACGUAGCCAAACCGAUCUCCAUAUUAAGCAACAAGCUUGACCACACUGUAAGACGUAACAGCUAUGGUCAGAUAAGUGCUGUCGUAGACAAGAAGGAUCCUUUGGCUUCUUUGGCUCAAGGUGGCGGCUCCAAGAGGAAUGCGUUGCUCAAGUGGUGUCAGAACAAGACCAUAGGUUACAGCAAUGUUGACAUUACAAACUUCAGCUCUAGUUGGAAUGAUGGUCUUGCUCUCUGUGCUUUGAUGGACACCUACAUCCCAGACAAAAUAUGUUACAAAAGUCUCUCUCCAUCUAAUAAGAAGCGGAAUUUUGAAGUAGCAAUAUCUGCUGCAGAAAGUGUUGGCGUGCCGAAUACCCUCGAUGUGAGUGACAUGAUUACAUCAGAGCGACCCAACUGGCAGACAGUAUACAAUUAUGUGACCUCUAUAUUCUGUCAUUUUGAAACUUAAGUUUUGAUGUGGGAUGCUGGUUGGAUAAGAAAGAGAGAUAUUGUGAAGGAACAUUCAUUAUGACUUGUUUAGAGGCCUUUGCUGAUCAUGAUAUUAGUUAAUAUUUUUAUCUGCCGUUGUAAAAUUGUCAUCAUGUACCUUUUUACUAGUGUUUCUCUGUCAAGAUCUAUGGUGCCUUUCCACCUCCAAAGGGUUCAUUUAAUUUCUUUUUUUCUUUCUUUUCUUUUUUUGAGUUCAUGCUGUCUCAUAAUAUAAUUUUUAAACAGGCACCAUUGCUUUGCUCUGAAAGUCUAAGAUAGUAGUUUGAAAUUAUUUUAUGGGCAGAAGUACAAUACUAGUUACUUUUUGUUACUUUUAACUGUAGAUUUCUUUAUAUUUUAUUAAGGAAAUAUAUUGUGUCUAGUCGAAAUUAUUCACAAUGAAAAAAAAAAGACAAGUAAAUUCUUGUUAUAUUUUUAUCUGGCUGUGUGUAAACUUCUCAUUGUGUGAUGAACCAAGUAAUGUAUAAUAAUAUUUAGAAGAAAAAUAUGUACAGAAAAUAAAUAAAAGAUAAAGAUUGGUCCUGCAACAUUACUGAAGAACAGUUCUGUCUAUCCAUAAUUUUGAAUGCUAUUUUCAACCCAAAACCUCUACAGUGCCAUAGACAGGCACUGAAGGGAAUUUUUCCUUUUAUGAUUCCAAGACAAAUGUGAUUAUAAUGUUUUUCAUACCUUUUGAUAUUAUGAUGAUUAUAAUGUUACUUUUACAAUUACUGUUAAUCAUUUAUUACCUUCAGCUAUUUCAGCAUUGUUAUCAUUUUUAUAUAUAUAUUAAAGAAAUGUGUCUCCUCCUGCUUCCAAUCCUGUAUAUUACAGCUUCUGUAGAAGGUAAAGCUCUAGCUGUAGUUAGCCAGGUGCUAACUGAGCCGCGAGGAUUACAGCACCACUGCAAGAACUGCUUAAAGACUUGAAUGUAGUCGUUUGGCUCGAAAGAAAAAGAAUCCUUAAUUUCUUAGCAAAUUUUAAGGAUUUUUGUUUGCAUUUCAGUGAUGUUGUGGACUUCUGGGAUUUUUCACCCAUUAUUUUUUUAUUAUUCAUAAUGCAAAAGUUGUGCCUUAUACACAUUAAAGGAAUAACUUUCAUUCAGUUGUGCAGUGUUAUCUGCUAAGUAUAAAAAAAUGAGAGCUUACCAAAAAGAUGCUAUUGUCAUCCCCAAGAUGACAAUGAGAAGGCUAGAUUUACUGUAUAUUUGUGGAAAUUUAAAGAUUAUGACUGCAUUGUAAAUUAAAACUACAUAAUGAACUGCUGCAUAAAAUAUUCCUUGUCUGCUAGCUUCAUGUUAUUUCAACACGAUAGGCUACUUUACAUAUUAUCAUGUCUUCAUCAUUAGCUUCAUAUCUGUCAGAUUUUAUUGUUAGUGUACAAAGUUUUGUAAACAGCCAUGCGUCAUAUUUGGUGUAGUGGCCAUGUAAAUAUGCUUGUAUAUAGUAAUGUUUAGGUACUAAGGGUUAAAACGUAUGCAGUACAUAUAGUGCAACUGUGCAUGUAAGCUUGCAAGUUCCUAUGGCACACAUGGAAGCAGUAUUAUAAUAAACACUAAAGCUUCAAA